ACAACAUGAAGGGCAAAAGGCUGGCUCGUUAGGACAUUAGCAGAGGUCAUCACAGGUCUGUCGGUUGUUUUUUUGCAGCCCAGGUGUCAGGAGAGUUGUGAAUGUGAGACGGCCGCCACAGCAACCUGGAGACCAGAUGGGGACAGAGCUCCGGUUUAGGCCAGCUAGUCCCAGCAGCAGCGUUGGGACUCAAACGGAGUCGAGGUGGUGAAAUAUUACAAGAGUUCUCUUUUAUGAGGCUGACAGUGCUGAGGAACAGACAAACCUCAAACAAACCCCGCAUGGGCAAGGAUUAAGGAGUCCUGCAUAAAUCCAGAGAACAAACUGAAGAUAUGAGAGAAGGGGAACCGGAGUUUAAGCACCCGGGGCAAGCAGAUCACAGCGCUGGAUAUGCAUGUUGAUGCACUUUGACUCCUCUGGCAUCAGACACGUGGGAGAACAGGACUAAAGGGAGGAUCAGGCCUUGUUAUUAGAUCCCUCUCCGGAUUGAGGACAGUUUGCACCGCAUAUGGCAGGUGCUGCGGUUCUGUCUGCCUGAGACGUGAGUCGACAUACUAAAAAGUAGAUGAGGGGGGACUGCGUGGGAGGAAGACAGCCAUACAGACCGAGACAGCCAGUUUCAAGUGGAGGCCGGGGGAGUUUUCUUUAACUGGUCGGCUCCAGCAGGGCCAGAGCUAGCAGCGAUGAGUCAGAGGAAGCUGACACGACAGCUGAGGUUGUGGGAGAGUCCUGAGGGUCCACCUCCUGCGCCCUCUCUCACCUCAACUCUGUCACCGGUCGAUCAGACUCACGGACACACGGGCUCUGCUCUGUUUCGGCGUAUGAAACUGAACCGCAGUAUUCAGGAGCACAGUCGCUCAUCACACUGUUUUUGCAGCUUCGAUUCAGAAAAUGGUCCCUCGCCAGGCCGCAGUCCCAUGGAUUCGCAGGCGAGUCCUGGGUUGGUGCUCCACCCUUCUUUCCCCCAGAGUCAGCGGAGGGAGUCCUUCCUGUACCGCUCAGACUCAGACUACGACACGUCCCCCAAAACCAUGUCACGCAACUCCUCCAUCAACAGUGAGGGGCACGCCGAAGACAUGAUUGUCACCCCUUUCGCUCAGGUGUUGGCCAGCCUACGAACUGUAAGAAGCAACUUCACCAUCCUCGCCAAUGUCACAACACCCACUAACAAGAGGUCACCAGUGACAAGCCAACCCACCGUUCCCCAAGCUACACUCUCUGAGGAGACAUACCAGCAGAUGGCUCGGGAGACUCUGGAGGAGCUGGACUGGUGUCUGGACCAGCUGGAGACCAUUCAGACCCAUCGCUCAGUCAGCGAGAUGGCCUCCAACAAGUUCAAAAGGAUGCUGAACAGGGAGCUGUCCCAUUUGUCAGAGAUGAGUCGCUCAGGGAACCAGGUCUCAGAAUACAUCUCAACUACCUUUCUAGAUAAGCAGAAUGAGGUGGAGAUCCCAUCCCCGACCUUGAGAGAGAGGGAGAAGCCCAUGUGUCACAUCAGCGGUGUGAAGAAGCUCACGCACAGUUCCAGCCUUUCCAACUCCACCAUGCCUCGCUUCGGCGUGAAGACUGAACACGAGGAUGCGUUAGCCAGGGAGCUGAACGACUUGAACAAGUGGGGCCUUAAUAUCUUUCGGGUGGCAGAAUUCUCAAAUAACCGACCCCUCAGCUGCAUAAUGUUUGCCAUCUUCCAGGAAAGAGAUCUACUGAAGACCUUUCGGAUCCCCGUGGACACAUUUGUCACCUAUGUGAUGACCCUGGAGGACCACUACCAUGCCAAUGUGGCCUACCACAACAGCCUCCACGCUGCAGAUGUCACUCAGUCUACCCAUGUACUGCUCUCCACACCGGCUCUAGAUGCUGUGUUCACUGAUCUAGAGAUUCUAGCUGCGUUAUUUGCCGCUGCCAUCCACGAUGUGGACCAUCCAGGAGUGUCCAACCAAUUCCUCAUAAACACCAACUCAGAGUUAGCCCUGAUGUAUAAUGAUGAGUCUGUGUUGGAGAACCAUCACCUAGCUGUGGGCUUCAAGCUGCUUCACGAGGACAACUGUGACAUCUUCCAGAACCUUAGCAAGAGGCAAAGACAGAGCCUGAGAAAACUUGUUAUUGAUAUGGUUUUGGCAACAGAUAUGUCAAAACACAUGAGUUUGCUGGCAGAUCUCAAGACUAUGGUGGAAACCAAGAAAGUGACAAGUUCUGGAGUACUGCUGCUCGACCACUACACUGAUCGGAUACAGGUGUUGAGGAACAUGGUGCACUGUGCUGACCUGAGCAAUCCUACGAAACCCCUGGCUGUGUAUCGACAAUGGACGGAGAGAAUCAUGGAGGAGUUCUUCAGGCAGGGAGAUAAGGAGAGGGAGCGAGGGAUGGAGAUCAGUCCCAUGUGCGAUAAACACACGGCAUCUGUGGAAAAGAGCCAGGUGGGCUUUAUCGACUACAUUGUCCACCCGCUGUGGGAGACAUGGGGGGACCUGGUGCACCCUGACGCCCAGGACAUCUUGGACACUCUGGAGGACAACAGAGACUGGUACCAGAGCACUAUCCCACAAAGCCCAUCGCCACCUCCUGUUGGGCAGGACAAGGAUCUAAACGCCUGCAUGGACAAGUUUCAGUUUGAGCUCACCCUCGAAGACAGCUCUGAGAGAGAUCAAGGAGAUGAGGGGGGCAAGCCAACACAAAACCACAUGGUGCAGGACUGCAGUCAGGGGGAGGUGGAGGAGGGCAAAAAGGAAGAAGAUGAAGAAAUAAUGGCUGAGGAGGAAAAUGAGGACAUAAUAGAGGAGGAAGAUGAGGUGGCAAUGGAGGAAGAGGAGGUAGAAGAGGAACAGGAGGAGCUGAAAGCUCAGUUGGAGGUGAGAUCUGAAAAGGAGAGACUUUCCGACACAAGUCCUGUAGAGGAAGAGGAGGAUUCUUCUUCACAAGCUGAAGAUACAUGAGUUCUGCUCGUGUGUCUCCCUCACCACUUGCACACAUUAUCUUGUUCAUCCUUUCAAUGGCCAAACCAAGAACAAAUAAGACUGCAAUGACAAUACAGACCUUUAAAUAUAUUUUUCAAAAAGGGAAUAAAUUAAAAUUGCUUAAAGAGAAGUUAAUUACACAGCAACUGUAGAUUUGGAGUGGUGACGAGUCCUUCGACUGAUUUUACAAUGAACCUAAGACUGAGAGGAAUUUAGAAGAGCAUUAACGAUGGGCAACUGAAGGCAGCGUAGCACUCUGGGACUGGAAUGCACACACAUGAACACACAUGAAGUGACACACAAACACAUAAGAAACAAGAGUGGGUCCUGUAGAACGCAUCAAUGCAAUUUGUGUACAUGCAUGUAUCAGUCAUGCAGUAUAACUGCAGUCCAUAUGUACCCCCUCCUUACACACACACACACACACACACACACACACACACACACACACACACACACACACACACACACACACAAUACACUUGACUGUAUGUUUGUAUGUGUGCAUUUACAUGAGGGACAUUGAUGAGUAAUGAAUCUCUUUGGAAAAAGCCAUCUCUUAAUGGAGUAUUAACUAGUGUUAAGUCAGUAUUAGUAAUUCACGUUCGUUAGAAUCUCAACAGAAACUGUUCUCCUCAGAAAAGCUACAGUCCAAGUGACUUUUUUUCCAUUUCUGUCGGAAAGAAAAAUUAGAAAAUCGACAGAGUGGGAGGAGGAGAGAGGAAGGAUUCGAAGGAAAGGAAGAUGCUGCGAUGAAGGGGCCGCUGGGUCCCAUACCCCUUUUCCCUUUACGAGGAGAGUGCUACUGGUGCAAGAUGGCUCUGUGCCUUUCUGAAACACCAGCUUCCUGAAUGGAGCUGUCGUGAAGCAAUGCAUUGUGGGACAGGAGUGUCUGAUUUUGUUAUCAUUUUUGAUUGUCUCUCGUUAAAGAUCUCUCUUUACUGUUCAUGGUAUUGUGGUGUGUAUCUCACACGUACAGUUUCUGUGGUGAUAUGUUUUAAGCUGUAAGUCUUCCUUUGUUGCUCUUCUGGUAAUAUAAUAACUCAGAACUCUAGAUGCAGAGCAAUCACUACCACCACCACAACCACCAGUGGACUCUUUCCAGCUUAUUGUUUUUUCCUAUUAGAAUGAUUUUUUUAAACUUUCUGAGAAUAAGCCAUGUGAUGCUUUGAAGCAUAAGUUUUGCCUAUUUUCUAUUUAACGGUCGCUAUAUAUGUUGAGGGGAUACAGAAUUAUUUCAUCAGCAGAACAAAUUUUCACUCGCCAUCUCGCUCCCACUUGCACUGUGUGUUUAUGUCUCCUCAUACUCAGCAAUUCUCACCAAAGUAAAGGAUGAGAAAUUUCAGUGGGUGAAGUGAUUUGAAGGAACACAGAUGAAUAAGAAAAUCAGGGAGGCAGAAUGUCAGGGGAAAGAAGCGUGACUUGGCCAAAAGGAGGUGUGGCAGUCCCUAAUCAUCCUUGUUAUGUUUAAUGCUUUUUUGCCUUAAUGUCAGAUGCAGGAUACAUACCUGCCAGUAUGUAGAUUUAUGAGAUAUAUAAUAGAUAUCCUAGUAUAUUUAUAUCACGUCUGUAUGCUUAUUUCUGUGAGUAUCAGUGUGUCUAUACACAAUGUAUCCGGCAUUGCAUUUGGAGGGGAAAGGGAAACAUUGCUGCCAAUUAGUCUUCAUGUUGUUUCUGUGUUUGGACCAACAUAAAGAAUGUGUUGUAUUUUUUAAUCAGGAAGCUAAAAUGACUAUCUUACAGCUACCUGGUGGUAUGAAAAUGAGCAAUUGGAAUUAAGAUUUUGCAGGCAAAGAGAAUGAAUAAGGAUGUCCUUUGUUUGAAUCUGACCAGAUAUUGAUUUGCUGACAUGAAGGGGUUGAUGCGUGCAUGUUUGGUUUGCGUGGCUGAUCGUGUGGUCAUUAGUAUGCGAGUGAGCAACAGAAAGAGAGGGAAGGAUGCAGAAGAUGUUGUUAUAAUUGUCAUUGUUCACUCACUGGCAUCACCACAUCUUGUUGAACGGUGUUUAGGAUCCGAUUAGCACAGCUUAAAUAGGUCACAGUUUGUUUAGGUGUUUGUUUUUCACAGGGUAAAAAUAAUAAUAAUAAUAAUAAUAAUAACAAAAUAAAAGAAAAUGAGUGUGGUUCUUUUGAAGGUAAGAGCAAGUUUCUGCAGGUCAGUAACUGAGCUUAUCUGAAGACACCACAGCUCGGUGCAACAGAAGCCUGUGUGUUUAACCUGCUCUUUCGCAGGAUGGAGCAGAGCUGCGGGGCCACCACACAGGCUUUCAUCUGGUGGAAUGGGAAUCUAAGAUUAUUAUUGCAGUCACUUAAAUAAAAGAUUCCCAUAUGCAUUGGCCUUUUACUUUAAAGAUGUUGUUGUUUGUUUUUGUGGCUUCUCGUUUUGUCAUAAGCUAUAAAAACAUUAAUAGUUAAUUGCCAUACAAACACGAUACUGUAGCAAUUGUUUCUUAUUAAGAAAAUUAUUCAAUUGAUUGAUUGCUGCCAUUCUUUUUAAAUGAUGAAAAGAAAACCAUGGGAAGUGUUUUCUUUGAACAGUUUGUGUACAGUUUAUUUUUAUAUCAUUCUGGUGGAUGGUCUGGAAAAUGAAUCAUGUGUUGAUGAUAUAGCUAUAAGCAUUACCACUCUUGUAUAUAAUGUAAUAUUGGAUUGUAAAUUAUAAAUUUAUCCAAGUCAUGAUGAUUGACCACUUGAGGUUGUUAAGUGAACCACUGAAGCACUGCAGGCCACAUCCUCACCUUUUCAUUCUCCGAUUAUAUUUUUGCUCACUUCUGUUAACAUUCUGUCACAUUUUUUGAUUGUGCACACUUAUUGUUAAAAUCAAAUAUAUUUGUACGAGCACUUUAUUUCGUCAGGUUUUGGGGCAGACAGUGUGUUUCAGGUAGUGUACAGUCUGUGCUGGUGGUUUGGUCAUUGGCAGUCACUUGUUGAUUAGAUCCCACUGGCCCAAAUCACAAACCCUCAUUGUGCAGUAGUCAAUGUUAACCCCUUUCUAGAGGCAUAAUCAAACAAACUAGUCAUUCUCUAUUAAAUGUCCAUGUGAGAUUGAACUUAUUUGACUGAUAAAGUCAAAUGUAGGCUGACGUAGUCACAUAGGAUGUGAUACGUUCAAAGAAAAUAAAUGUGUCCUUAUCUAACUUGGCCAUUUCUAGUGCUAUCACCACCUCUGUUUCUUAGUAACUUUAAUCACUAGCCUGAUAGCCUCAAUGUCCUUCCCAUGGUGGCCUAACUAGCUGGUUCCCAUCGGGGUUGCUGUCAGGUUACUUUGUCGCAGACUGACUGCCUCUGAGAAUAAUUCUCUGGGCUUUAAUUCAUGUGUUUGUUCACAAAUAAGAAAGAUUAUUCAAGGGGAAAAAACAACAUGAGAUGAUUGUAAUAUUUGUAAAUGAUCUUGCUGUAAUGUGUAAAAUGUGUCCAAGUUAUUUUUUAUUAUAUUAUUUUUAUGAAAGUUUUUCCUCUUGACAGAGCUGAGGUGUCAUUUUGUGAAUAAAUGCAUUUAAUAAGCGAACAUCUAUAUAUAAAACAA